CCGAAAAAACAGUGCAGAAAUCAUACAACAAAAUUGUGUGUAGUAACGUUAACACUGGCACUGUCAUUAAAAUUUCAUAAAAACUGAAGUUGUUAGAUUCUAACUACUGGUCUGAUUCGUGACAGUGAGCUGUAGCGUGAACUACAUCUCCCAGGAAGCAAUGCCGCAGAGUUGUGUAAGUUUCCACUGUCUUCCAGGAGAAGUGCUUCCACUUACCCGAAGACACGAGCGACAACAGGGGGGAAAACUUCAAGUAAAGAAGGUACUCCAGAAACUAUAGGGAUCUGCUCAGCGAAGAGGACGAAGGAGGCGCUGGAAAUACGGUAAUUAACGGAGACAGUGCAGGACAGGGAACCCGGAAAACAGAAGUAAUUCAAAGAAAACGAGAGGGAGGCCCUAAUAAUGUCAUCAGCUUCACAGGCAUCAUCCAGGCGGCAAUGGUGUUACCUUUGUGAUCUGCCAAAGAUGCCCUGGGCCAUGAUAUGGGACUUCAGUGAGACUGUGUGCCGGGGAUGUGUAAAUUAUGAAGGGGCAGAUAGAAUUGAAUUUCUCAUUGAAACUGCUAGGCAGCUGAAAAGAACACAUGCAAUGCAGGAAUGCAGGUCUCCGGGCCCUCAACCGAGCAAACACGGUGCAGGUGGAAAGGAUGGACCUAUGGAGGGUGGCAGGCAGUCUAGUGAGCGCUUUGAGAGAGGAAGAGGAGAGUACGGGGUCCCCCCAAGACUCCCAAAUGGUCUUUCCAGGCCUGAGGAUGUAGGCCCUCCUGAAGUAAGCAGGCAAAGUCCUAAUGCCAGGAGGGCUAUGGUGGGGACUGUACCUCCCAGUUUAAUGGCACAGGGCAUAGUGGGGACGCCUCAUGGUUUCUUGGCAGCCGCAUCAGCUCUUAACCCUCGACCUGGAGGGACUCUUGGUAUUGCUUCUCCUAUCCUGCAUGACAUAAGCAAGCGUCAGGCCAUGGGUUUGGGAACGAGUAUGGCCUCCUUUAUAAGUCCUGAUUUUGAGAAGGAACUGAAAGAGAAGCAACGAAAUGCCGAGGCGCUUGCUGAGCUUUCUGAAAGCGUACGCAACCGAGCUGAUGACUGGGCAGGGCGUCCAAAAGCUGUGCGAGACUCCCUGAUGACACUCACCAGCUGCUCUCCUUUUAAUGUGCGCUUCAAGAAAGACCACAGCCUCACUGGGCGGAUCUUUGCCUUUGAUGCCAAGCUGAAUGUGGAGUUUGAGCUGAAAGUCUUCAUCGAGUACCCUUGCGGUUCGGGCAAUGUUUUCUCCAGCUUGCUCAGUCUUGUCAAACAGAUGUUUUAUGACAGCCAGAAAGACAGCGGAAACAAAGUAAUCAACUCUGGGUACAAGUAUGUGGAAUAUGAGAAGCGGCACGGUACUGGCGAUUGGCGUCUUCUAUCUGAGCUGCUCCCAGAUGGAGUGCGGGCCUUCAAGGAUGCCCCUGGGUCUGAUACACUCCCCCAGCCCUACCUGGAUGCUAACCACUCCAUGCUUCCCACUGCUCUAUGUAACAUGGGUCGCUCAGCCCCAUCCCGUGUGCGCCGGCGAAAGGCAUCUCCUGAACCGGAGGGUGCCGGCGAAAGAGGAGUGAGUGAGGAGCAUAUGCGACAGCAAUGGCCGCCUGGAACAUCAGUUGGAGGAAUUUACCCAAGCAUGACUGCGCAUUUACCUGGAACCAAUAUGAUCGUUGCCGGGGUUCCGUCCCUUCAGGAGAGUUCAGCUCCCCACAGUGAUCCUUCUCCGAUCUCUGCGCUCAUGAGCGUGGCUGAUAAUCUGGGCACGGCCGGCCUUUCGCCCAAAGAUGGACAGGCGAGCAGCAGCGCUGGCAGUCUGGCUCACUCUAUGGGGGCUCAGCAUAACAGCGGCAGUCCAUCCACAGCCAUAUCUGCUGGGCAACAACGCCGGCUUGCCACUCGCAACGGAGAGCCUCACGGCAGUGGAACUUCAUCGAGCACUAGUUCCUUGUCCCUUGCCUCUGGAAGCGAGCCUGGCACCUUUACUGCCGAGUCAUCUGUGGGUGUCACAAGCACCUUGCUGUGCUGCACCAUUUGUCACGAGCGGCUGGAAGACACCCAUUUUGUCCAGUGUCCCUCUGUGACAAAUCACAAGUUCUGCUUCCCGUGUACGCGGAACUUCAUACGCAGUCAAAGUGCCGGAAGUGAGGUUUACUGCCCCAGUGGAGAGAAAUGCCCACUUGUGGGCUCCAGUGUGCCUUGGGCUUUUAUGCAGGCUGAGAUCUCCACCAUCCUGGCAGGUGAUGUGAAAGUGAAAAAGGAACGUGACACCUAACUGAUCGGAGAUACCGACCUUGGGAAAGUAUUGCUCUCCUCGUUCUCCCCCUGGCAGAGACACCGACGCGAUACUUCAGAGAUGCAAAUCCAUUAUUCCACCACCUCUUCAGCUCGUGUUUGACGGCCUGAAACCACCAGUCGUCAUAUAAGUGUAGGAGGUCGAAGGUCACAGACACCCUCCUUCCAGAUUUUUUCAGGCACCCUCUUUACCCCAUUUUUUUUCUUUCAAGCUACAUCCCUUCCCAGUCAUUUUAUGGCUGAAUCUUGAGUAUGUGUUUUUCAGAACCGUUAAAAGUAUAAAAGAAAGAAAAUAGUUGUUCACUAUACCCCUGAAAAAUAGCUUGUUUUCACCCUGCCAUUGUUUAUAGUUUAUUAGUCUUUCUUUGUAAUUAAAGCAACCGCCAAUAUUCAUGAUUUUGACAAUCCUGGAAAAAAAUCCGUUCUCUUGAUAAUUUAGUUUUCCAAACUGUGAUUCUUAUCUAGCAUGUGUAAUAUACAUCUGUAUUUUUACUAUGCACAUACAUGUAUAAAUUCUCUUUAAAAUGUAAUAUAUGUCCAAUUUCUAGUUUUUUUUAUGUAUAUGAUACUUUAUGUACCACAAAGUAAACGAGUAUAGAAAACCAAAGAUGGCUUCAUGCAGAAAAGUGCAGGCUUUGUAAUACUGUAUUCUGUAUUUCGUGGCGUGUGGCGUUUUAUAUUUUGAGAACAACAGGGAAGUUAAUAUGGCAGUAAAGUUUGUAUCCUGAACAAGACAUAAAUAUAAGAAGCUUUAUUGCUUAACCCUUAUUCUGGUAUAGUUACUUGCAUUGUUUUGCUUUAUUCAUAACCACAGAAUAUGGCUCAUUUUAUGGGGGGGGGGGGAGAGGCAAAUGAUUUGUGCAUGGAUCGUAAGAAUUUAUGAAUCUCAAUAACAGUUAAAAUGAAGAUUUUUUUUGGUUGUGUCUGUUUUCCUAAUCUUACUUUUUGUUUUUUAAAAUGCAUAACAUCUAAAAUGCAUUAGGUCCUUAAAACUUAUAAGGUACAGGAUGAAAAUAGAUAGACAGUAGAUCUUGAUGAAAAUAUGAGUGAUUUUAUUUGUAGGACAUCAAUUUGUAGAAGAAAGAUUUGUGUCUUUUUGUCCAUGGCAAUACUAUGGCACCGGUCGAUUUACCAAUCAGGGUGAAAACAUAUUUUAAAAAUCAUGCAAAAAAAAUCUCUAGAUCAGUAAUUGUAAAACAAAAGCUUAUUGGUUUAAAUGGCUCUGACUUGGAGAUAAAGAUGUCAGGAUACUUUCUGUAGCUUAACUCCGUCGUUAGACCUUUUGUGACUCUUCUGUUUUUAAAUUGUAUAAAAGCAUAAGAGUUUCCUUUUUGGAAUUAGUUUUUCACUAGAACACAUUUUAUCAUGCAUUUAAAUGUAGUCGGUUGUCUGCUUUUGCAAUGUUCUGUAUUCGACGAGAAAAUGUUUUCCUCAAAAAUAGAUAUAUAAAAUCAGACGGAAUGUGAGAUCUGUCUACUCAUCCAUAGUACAUUUUCCAUGAUGGGCGUGUAAGUCAGAGGCUAUCAAAGCCUCCUUAUUGAUUUAUCUUAUUAUUAUGGAGAGCCUGGUUAUCAGCAAGAUUGCCCAUUGAUGCAAAGUAAAAAUUCUGAUUGUUUCUUUUAUAUUCCGAUAAUGUCCCCUUACUAAGAGUAUCAUACUUAAUUGAUUUUCACAGAUUAAUCAUUGCUGAGAUAAUUAGGCAAAGCAAGUAGUUUUAUUGUGGUUGCUACUGUAUUAUAGCAUUUCUUUAAAUUUUCAUACUGUGAGCAGAAUCUAGGGAUACAUGGAAAAAACUUGCCAACAGUUAUGCCAUUUUAUGUAUGUAUGACAAACGACAAGGCCAUUUGUGUUUAUAUUGGUUUCGUUUAGUGCUUACCCACAGACUUGUCUGUUGUGUUAAUCUAAUCAUGCCUGUGCCUGAAUUACUCAAAUGACUUUGUUUGAAUAUUACUACUUAAAAAGUAUCCAUUUGUUGAAGCAAUCAUGUUUCAGAUGUGGUUCAAUUCUGGGAAAUGGGCAUAAGCACUUGCUGCGUUAGUCCCUAACGUAGUCAAGGUUAUUAUGGCCCUUAAAGCUGUUGUCUGGUCAAGUCCUUUGUAAGCAAAUACUGAAUUGUCUUCACAAUCAGUCCAACUUAUUUGCAAGAAGCAAGGUUAUUGUAAAUGUGCAUCAUUAGGCUUUGUAUCAUUUACUUUGGAAUGUGAAAAAUACUCAAGUUAGAUACUAUAUGUUGUAAAGAUUCUCUUAUGGUAUUCUUAAUUUCAGUUGUUUGGAAGCUCAUGAAUAUUUUGGUUAGACAGCAGCAAUAGCCUGUAUUGCAAUAUAUAAGUGUAAAUCAUACAGUGUAUUUAUACAUGUAAUUGUCAAAACUUUUGGGGAUUCUUAUAUAUUCCUGCACAUAAAUUUUUUUCCAAGUACAA